GUUCCUGGUUUCGGGCCCCUCCUGUUUUCAUAGAUAAUAUUCCGAGUUUUGCUGCGAACUGGUUUUGAUUUUAUUAUUUCGUUAUUUCGUCAUCUUCAGCAGUAUUUAAAGGAAGUACGACCGCAACUGUCACAUCAGAAUUUGACUUUGCUUCCAGUGGUUCUUACUGACAGAGGAUUUGCAGGAUUCGUCCCACGCUUUAAAGCAAGAUGAGGAACUACAUCGUCCUAGCCCUGUGCCUUGCAGCCGCCAUGGUCCUGGUGCAACAAGCCGAAGCCGGAUCUGGCUUGAGAUUGAAGAAACUCGUGAAAUACGGGCUCAUAGCGAACGCCUUGACCGGAAAGAAAAUCCUAUUUCCACUUCCUCUUCCUCUGCCUAUUCCAGUCUUCCAAGAGAACAUCCAUCACACACCUUAUCCAGUCCACCACCAUACCCAUGCUGAUAUUGGAUAUGGUUACCAACAUGGCGGACACGGAGGAUACGGCGGUGGCGGAUACGGAGGUGAAUGGUGAAAACCAUAUUAGUAAAUAGAACAUUGUACAAAAUCAACAUUUUUAGCCAUUUUUUUCCUUUCUCCUCAAGUAUCAUUGGGGGUUUCAUUGUAUAUAAACUACGUAUCUUAUGUUUGUAAAUGU